ACAUCGGCGGCACUCUGCCACCACUGGCCCACGAAAAAAAGACGUCUCGCUUGGCGAAUUGUGCGUUCGUUGCUCUGCUGUUGAAUUUUUCGCGCGCACAUACCCCCUGAAGCUAUAGAAUUGAUGCCCGCCAGUGAGGAGAAGCAGUAGUUGUUGGAAUGGAGGAAGAGUAUUCGGCGUCAUCUUCGGCCGGCGGCGGCGGCGGCGGUGGAGGAGCUGCCGGUGGAAAGAAGGCCGGCGUGGGCAAGCAGCACAAUACGCUGCCCUUUUGGGGCAACGAGACCUCAAUGAACCUCAAUCCCCUGAUCCUGGCCAACAUCCAGAGCUCCAGCUACUUCAAAGUACACCUCUUCAAGCUGAAAACCUACCACGAGGUCGUGGACGAGAUCUACUACCAGGUGAAGCACAUGGAGCCCUGGGAGCGUGGUUCCCGCAAGACCUCCGGCCAGACGGGCAUGUGCGGCGGUGUGCGUGGCGUCGGCGCUGGAGGGAUCGUUUCCACGGCCUACUGCCUGCUCUAUAAGCUCUAUACGCUGCGCCUCACCCGGAAACAGAUCAACGGACUGCUCAAUCACACAGACUCGGCCUACAUCCGGGCACUAGGUUUCAUGUACUUGCGUUACACGCAACCACCUGGAGAUCUGUACGACUGGUAUGAGGACUACCUGCAGGACGAGGAGGAGAUCGACGUUAAGGCGGGCGGCGGCCAGGUCCUGACCAUUGGCCAGAUGGUUUAUCAGUUUAUGACGAAGCUGGACUGGUUCUCGACGCUAUUCCCGCGCAUCCCUGUGCCCAUCCAGAAGCAGAUCGAGAAACGGAUCGAGCAGUAUUGCCGCGAACAGGGCAUCACUGUCAGCCAGUUGAGUACGGGUCGCCCGCCAGCGGGGACGGGGGUGGGUGCGGGCGGUGCUGCCCAGGAGGGUGAAUACCAGGAUUAUGAUGCCAGCGGAGGAGCCGGACUGGCCGGAGAUCGGGGCGGAGGAGGAGGAGGACGAGGGCACGCCAUGAUGGGCUCCGGUUCCCGGCCUGGCGCCUACCCACCACCGAUGAACAACUACCGGAACGAUCAUGACGAUCGUGACUACUACGCCCCCACCUCGGGCUCCUCCUACGGCCGUGGUGGACGCGGCGGCGGCUACGAAGAUUACCCACCGGCGCCAUUGGAACGAGAGCGCGACAGAGGAGGAGAGCGGGACAGAGAUCGGGAUAGGGAUCGGGAGAAGGACUACGACCGCCAUCGCAGCAAGCACAAGAAGAAGCACAAGCACAGACAGAGCUCGCGAAGCCGGAGCAGAAGCCGGAGUCGCCACCGUUCCGAGCGGCACGAGCGGAAGCGGGAAGGAGUUGGCGGCUACGAGCGGAGCAGCCGGAGUCGCCACAACGAUUACGAGGAGCGGGAUCGACGCUACCGGUGAAGACUAAUCCCAAAAAAAAAAAAGGAAACCUCCACACGACUACACCCACAAGAGAGAAACAUAAACAAACAAACACUGUCAGUUCCAGUCCCGAUCCUAGUCCCCAGUCCCACUCCGCCCACUACGUAGUUGCUUCUCAACUUAAUUAAUUCUUUUUUUUUUUUGUUCAAUCAUAGAAAUGAUUCUAUUAUUGGGGAGAUCGAGAUCCCCAGACUCAGGUUCUAUACGACUAUUGCCCCACAAGUCAAGUCACAAUUGUAAACAGAGACACCUAGACACAAUCAGACGAACAGCAUCAAGGCUAUAUAUAUUAUGUAAUUUUUUGACCACGCGUAUGCUGAUAAAAUAGUUUCCAAGUUGUGUUUUAUGCAAAUAAAGUCAAAAGUAAUUUGUUUAAA